AUGGCAAAGAAGAAAACGAAACAGCGCAAGUCCAAUGAGCUGCCCGGGCGACCCCUCACGCCAGAGAUCUCUCCCAAAAUUGACUAUCAUCGGCCUUCGUCAUCCAAGCGAUACGGCAUUCCCGCUCAUUUCCUUCGGAACUACCCAAAGUUUGCUCCUUCAAGACUUGGAUUAUCGACUUUUAUCUUGUCUCAUGUUGACGAAGACGUUGGGCAUACCGUGGUACACUUCUUAUACACAGGCGGCUACGAGACGGUCAGCUCGCCUCUUGGCGGAGGCACGUCAGAUCUCGCUAGAGAGUACAAGAGGAGCGUUUUAGUCUACCAUGCGUCAAGGACUUGGGGUCUUACUGAUCUUGAAGUCCUUGCUCAGCAAAAGAUGCAACAAUUUGAUGACGAGCUUCCUAUUAUUGAGAUACUGCGGGUCAUGAGGGACGUUUUUUCAAGCCUCCCUGCUGGUGAAACUUGGCUUCCAGGUUACAUUCAAGAAAACUUGCAGCGACUACUAAGGCCUAAUGAUCCAGGGCUUGGUUUACGCGAAUUUUACGAUAUCAUCGGCCAAGACCAUCAGUUUGAUAAUGCGGUGAUGAAAUUGAUUUUCGAGAUACUAUCUAUUCGUAUAUUUUCUAUGAAAGGUCAACGCGUGAAGGCACCAAACGGCAUCAUCUCAAAUGAAACCCCUCUACAAGGGCCUGUCCCAGAAGAUACUGAGUAUCUCCCCGAAGAACCUGAGCCUGCCCCCGAAGAGCCCGAGCCUGCCCCCGAAGAACCUGAGCCUGCCCCCGAAGAGCCCGAGUACCCCCCCGAAGAGCCUGAGCCUGUCCCAGAAGAGACUGAGUAUCCUCCCGAAGAGCCUGAGCCUGCCCCUGAAGAGCCCGAACCUAGUCUGUGGGGGCGCCCUGCUGAAGCGGAUAGCGGACUUUGGGUCGUUCCUCGAGUGUCUGCUGAGCUUGGCGACUGGCCGCGCACUUCGUUGUUGCCCGAAGAUACGCCAAAUGCCGAAUUACAAGAAACUUCUAGUCAGGGCCACAUAGCGAGGAUUUCAUGCUCAGACUUGACCCUGUAUGAAAAUUGGGAAAGUCUGUCUUCGAAGAGAAGAGCUAAAAGGGCUAGCAAGCUUAGGUCUAGAGGUCUUCCUGUCCCAAGUGAGACUGGUUUCAUUGCAAUAGUUGCAGAUUGA